UUCCUGUAUAUCUUCACUUACAAUGUAUAACAAUACACCCCAUCACUAUGGAUUUAAUAUCAAAAGAGCCAGAGGAAUAUAGAUAUCCUAAAGAUAAAUUUACCAACUCAACAAAGAACAUAAUUCGCCUACCAUUCACGCCGAAAACACUCUUCUUGACCGUUCAUAACCUAAAUACAAGCAUCAAGUUAUCGCUGCCAAUCCACAGCCAUGCUCGCCAUCAUAUCCAAGGCCAAAGUGACAAUCCUCCCAGACCAUACUGAUUCUCGCAAGAAUGACACCCACAGGGUACCCUAACAGUCAUCUCAGUAAGUUCAAGCCAAGCCCAAACCAUGCACAGCAUCUAUCAAGCCCUAACCACUAUCCAAGCCAACAUCCACGGCAUUCCAAAGCGAGAUUUACUCGAAUCAUUACUACGGUAUGCCCUUUCCACUCACGAUUACAAGGGUAAUUUAGCGCCGAUCAACGUGGACAGAAUAUGGAAGGACUAUGAAAUGGCCGAGGCGCAAAACAUGGGUCUCAGGGAAGUCUGCGGCAGAACGCUGCUUGUAGAUAUCCGCUUCAAUUUGAUGACUCCCAAAGGGUAUGACUCUCUUAAUGGUGAAGGCUGGUGUCUCUAUGUUGUCAACAAGCUGCGCAAGAAGUAUCCUCUUGAUGAUGCCAUGAGGAAUCUGGAGACAUGAUUUCGUUGUUAUGUAAUAUUUGUAUCGGUGCUUGAAGCUUUGUUGCGAUGGACGGAGGCUUCGAUUUGUGUUGGAUUUGUUAGAAUAUGGAGUUGAGAGUUGGAUAAUAUAAGUGUUUUUGGCUU